UACUGAAUAGAACUUAUCCACGGAAGGGUAGCUGGUAACUUAUAUGUUAACUUCGAUAAGAUUGUCCAUUACAAGGUCUUAAUUAAUACGCUUUGAAAUAGUGUAAACUCGUAAACUCGUAUAUGGCUCGACUUUAAAACUUAUUGCCGGGAUUUAAAUUUUGCAAGUCAUGUCAGCGCCCGUUGUCGCCCCUCCCCCAGUAGGUCUAAACAUCAAGGGACCCGACUUAGAUUCGUCAGCUUCUCAGAAAGUCCUCGAGGUUGUUCCGGAUAUCGGCCCAGACGGCCGUUCCACUGAAGAACGGGGUUUACAGAAAGUAGAAACCCCUUCCCAGCCCUUAGAACCUGAUUAUAUUGAGCCCGAACGUGUUCCUACCCCGGAUCAAACGCACCAAGAGAUAUCGGUAGAAGUUAGAACAGAGAGUGGCGUAAAUAGAAAGAGACAUAGAGACAGUGAUAAAAGUGUUGAUUUUGUAGACGCUAAAGACAAAACAAUGGCUAUUACUCAACCUAAACCUGACAAAGGGACGGCUAAAGUGACAGAUUUUAAAGUGCCCGAUAGAGUGGAAAUCGACUCUGGUAUGGUAGAUGGGGCAAGUUCCGAUCAUGUUAUUGACAUCGUUAAACAAUCAAAACUUACCGAAAGUGUAAAGCAGGCGCCCUCUGAAAUGGGCGAAUUCCCAGAAUUCCAGUCUCGCCCUCUCACUGAAACCUCGUUCCGUGACGGCACCAAGAUGUCGUAUGAUACUGGCCGAGAUACUCAGCGAGACGCGAGGAAGGAGAGCCGAUUUGACAACGACAGAGACUCCUCCAAGACGCCAUUUUCUGUAACAAUCGAAAGGAAACCGCUGCAUACGGCACAGACUCGCUCGCACUCGGACUACUAUUCUAAAACGCCGACUAUCAAUCGGUACGCUCACAUAGCGACGUCUCUCGGCCAGUUUUACGGGUUAGUCCAGGACCCCAAUACCAGAGAGGCGCGGUUUCCCUCUCAAAUGCCGCGCAUGCGCAGACCUCCAAAGCUCGUGAGAUUAGCCACCGUCACCAUGUCACCGAAGACGAAGCCCAUGCCCAAGGCGCCCAGCCUCUACUAUGAGGAGCCCAAGAAGCCCAAGAAGCUGAUCACGUGGGACGAGGCAAUGGAGUCCCGGCCGCCGCUACGCGUGGACAUGGAGGGGCCGGGCCCUACGCGGUACUCACUCACCAACCGCCCGCUCAACGAGACCAACUCGCCCGCGUGGACAUUUGGAUCCAGAUGUUUCGUAGAAAAAAGUGGCGGAUCGAGAACCUCAUGGGAGAAGACGUGGUUUCAGACACCGGAAGUCUGGACCUCCAAAGUGGACUUCCAAAACGAUUCCGCGUGGCCGACGCCUAAUAAUUACAAAGCCCGUCCGACCCUUGGACCGAAACAAAGAACGAUGGCCGAGUACCCUUCAUAUUCAAUCGGUACAAGGAAAGAAUUGUCCCUGGGCAAAGCAGGUGCCGACAAGGAGCCGUCGCCGGUGGACUAUGACAAGGACACCGCCGACAAGCUGGUACUGCGCACCGCCCCGUCAUUCACCCACCAGUUCCGUCGAGAGGGCACCGUCAUCUGGCAGUCUAAAGAGAGAAGUCCGGGCCCCGGUACCUAUUCACCAAACUACUCGUACAAUAAGACCCACACACCGGCAUUCACUAUCCGGUCACUGAGGCGGGAGAAAUCGCACGUGUUAGGUCCUUUCUCCACCAUGUAAAGAGCAUACCUCGAACGUACAGAAAGGGUACAAUCGGAGCGUGGCAAACACAUUCUUUUAAAACAAAUCGCAUGUGGAUAUCAUAGAGAACCAUGCAUAAAGCUAUAAUGUAUGUCAUAUCGCCACGAAAGGAGAGUAUUAUUUGAAGCAUAAAAAUGUAUUCAAUCGCUAUACUGUUUGCAUAUAUUUGCAUGUAUAUACAUUAUUAUAAAAUUUUUACAUUAAUUUGUUUAAUAAUAUUUUUUGAUAAUAAAAUCGUUACUGUAACGUUUGUUGUGAA